AAAAACAAAAUUAAGGAGGACGCAGAGAUCUCGACCUAACGAAUGAAAUCAAUCCAUUUGAUUCCGCCGCCGGCGUGCACAGCUGAAAAUUCAAACCCAUAGCUGAGAGGCGCCGCGCGUAUUUAUGCUUCUCCUUUCCGUAAAACAAAAAACAAAUCGAAAAAGAAGCUGCUCCUGAUCCACCUCCGUUCCCCCCUUCCGCGGCUCGUCUUCUCUUCCCUCCUCCGGCGAAGCCGAACCACCCCAGCGGCGAGAGCGAGCGCCGAACGACGGUGUGGGCUCUGCAAGGUACGCCCGCAGUACCACUGCGAUGGACCCCCGCCACCUCGGCGUCGGCGCAACCCCCGGCAGCGGCGGGAGUGGCGGCCAAUCAGUGGACGCGUCAGCGAGGCGCCGCCGCCGCAUGUCGGCCCCGUUGACAGGCACCCGCCUCAUGCUGGCCUUCAACGAUGCUGCUGGUGACGGUCAUGGCGGGAGGUCGUCCUCGUCGUCGUCGUCUUCCGGAGGGUUGGACCUCUCGUUAGAUGAACCGCACCCCCGCUACAGUCACCACCGUGUCUACCCCGAGUUCUCUCCGAUGUCGAAUAUGGGGCGCCUCCUCUUUCAUGGCUCUCCACUAGGGUCGCCUACGACCGACGACGAUGUCCUCGUCAUGGAUGGUGUGCUCGUUGCCGACGGCUUCAGCCCUGGCCCCAAGCGCUACGCCUCCUUCACUGACCUACGCUUGGUCCACACCAACUCCCCUGGCUCGGGCGGCAGCGGUCGCCACGGCUCCAGUCUCCAGGGACAUUUCAUCAAUCAAGCUCCUAUGCAUGGAAAUCUGUUCUUUCUCCGUCUGUUACUCUGGCUGGCUCUCUCUGGCAGUAUACACAAGAUGCGUGUCUUUCGGAAGUUUUCAUAUGGGAAGGAGUCUUGUGUGGUGCAAGCCAUGAAUCCAAGACAUUCUGAGGUGGAACUUCAGCGCGGGCGAUCAGUGCAGAGUGCCGGUCCCAACAUGCAGGCGAGCCCCAGAACCUAUCACCCAUCGUUGCAGGCAGCCGGCGUCACGACCAUACCCAUGAGGCCACCAGCCGCUCCGUACUUGACGCCUCCUAGAGCCGCCACCACCACCACUGCCACUGCCACUCCUGCGAGAGCGCAGGCCAGCUUCUCGUGGACACCAAAGCGGCCUGAAUCGAAGGCGCCGUCGGUGCAACGGGCGACGUUUGCCUGGCCGCCGACCGAGGAGGAGAACGCGUCCAUCAGCCAAUGCCUGUACGGUCCCCGUGGCGCCCCUCAGCGAAGGCUGCCUGUGUUCGUGAGCAUCUGCCCAGCGUGAAAACGCGCCCUCUCACCCCCCCCCCCCCCCCCUUCCGUGCUAGUUUGCCGAGUUGGUUGGGACAAGGGGGUAGAAGCGGCUGCUGUAUAUGUGACUAGAAGUAGAAGUACUGGUAAAUACUUUAGUACACACACAUCGCUCGUGACACCGUUUGUCUGUCGCUGUAUAUUCAGGAUCUUGAUCUCUUCGGCUGCAGUUUGUUUUCCUCAGAUUGAAGAGCUUCAGCACCUUUGUGAUCGGUCGUAUUGAACGUUUUGUCCUUGUGUUUAUAAGAUACACUUGGAAUUUCUGUGCA